GUUCUUUCUGAGCCAUUUAAACAAUCAGUUUAGUGCUAAGUUUCUAAGAAGAAGAAGACAGAAAAAUGACGAGAAAUCUCCUUUUUGAUCCUCUCAUUUGUGUCAAGUCAUUUGAUCAAGAUUUGGAGAAAUUCGAUCCACAUCAGUUGCCAUUUAUGAGCUCAAUAUGGCCUACACUGAUCAUAUCGUGCAUUUAUCUGAUUUCUUUAAGAGUCAGUGAACGAAUGAUGCAAGCUCGCAAAGCAUUCCAAUUAAAAAGUUUUCUAGCCAUGUACAACAUAACGCAGGUCGUAUUUUGUGUAUAUUUCCUUAUCAACGCGUUCAACGCUGGAUUGAAAAUCGAUUAUUUAUGGAAGUGCUAUUUGCCUGGCUAUAAUAAUUUACCGCAUGCAAAACUUUUAUAUCUGACAUACUUUAUCAAGGCAUUAGAAUUUAUCGAGACUAUUUGCUUUAUAUUGAGAAGAAAUUUUCGUCAAGUUUCAUUUCUUCAUGUCUAUCAUCACGUUUCCACGUUCAUUUUUGCUUACUUAGGAGUUACUCUUGUUGGAAAUGGAAUGGUUAUGGCUACAUAUAGUCUCAAUAUGUUUAUUCACGCAAUCAUGUACUCGUACUAUUUUGCAUCACUUUUCAUGCGGGAAAAUCAGUUUGUGGCUGUAAAAAAAUGUAUAACAAUCAUGCAAAUGGUUCAAUUUUGUUUGAUUCUAUUUAAUACACUAAGAUCAUGGCAAACGGAUUGCGGAAUUGAAAAUAAAUUUUACUAUAUAUUCGUACUGAAUGUAGUUAUCAUAUUUUAUCAGUUCUAUCAAUUUUAUAAAAUUGCUUACUCCGCAAAGAAGCUCAAAAAUCAAAAGAAGAGGAAAAGCUUGAAGACAUAAGCUUUAUCUGCAAAUAUUGAUUAGUUUAAGCUUAUAUUUUUCUUUGGGAGUUAACGUCAAUGAUACUUGAGCAUCGAAUUUGCUUUAACUAAUUUUUAAAGCCUUUAUCAAUUUGCCGAGACAACAAAUUACAGUAAUAAGC